GGUAAAUGUGAGUAAUGGUUUUGCUGAGUUGUCAAGCUAUGCACUGCUUUUUGUAUCCUUUUUUUUUCCUUCCUCAAAUAGGAUGACUAGCUCGUGGCGCUUUGCGCUGGCGCAGGACUGGAUGAGGCUAACAAAGUCAAGCCAGAAGAAAGUGAGUCGUUGCGAAGGAAGCGCGCGAAAGUGAUUUAAAAAGUGAGAGAGUGACGUAUGGUUGAGGUAUUCGCGGCCGGCAAGAAGCUAGACCAAGAAUAAUUCGUAAUAAUAGUAAGUAGCUUGAAUUCCUAGGCAGGCAUGAGAUAGGUAAGUUAAAUGAGUACAAAAGAGAAGGUAGGCUGGCAGACUGUAGAAUUGGACAGGCAUGUAGGUAAAGAAAGCUAAAGAGGGAAUAUUAGGCACUUGAAGUGAGAGAAAUGACAAUGGGGACAGACCUCCAGAGUGUCGGCGUCUCAGAAUUGCGGGAGAGCUUCAAAAGUGCUUGCCUGGCAAUGAAUGACCUUUAAUUGGAAGCAGCACGGUUGAUUGAUUGAUUGACGGGUAGCCACAACUUGUUUGCUGGGUCUCGGAAAAUAACCUCGAGGCCAAUGUCCGUGUACUGGGCUUCUUCGGCCAAGCUCGACGAGGAAAGCAGAACGCAGUACUACGGCGGGACGAGUCACAACAUCGGCAUUGCACAUCACCUUGCACAAGCGGCACCACGACGGUUUACAUUCAUGAUUGAUUUGUGUCUGCCCCUUUCUGGGUAAUCGGUCGAUUCGGCGAACCUGGCCCUCCC